GAGGAGCGAGAGAGAGAGAGGGAGAGGAGGGAGCGGGAGAUAGGUGGAGAGAGAGAGCUCGCGAAAAUUGAAUACAUGUAGAAUAUUUAUAUUUCUAGGUGUAUUUCUCCCAGAGAAGCCGCAAAAAGGAUACCUCGAGGGGAAUGAUGUGAAGAGAAUGGAGGGCCGAAAGGAGAGAGGGGGGACAGGCGCGUGAAAAUACAGCUUUCUUUGUGCCCUCUCGUUUGGCCUCCAUGUUUGUUGCCAUGGUCACAGUACCCACGCUGUCUCUGCUAUUGGCCCUGGUAGAAUGGGCGGGUCAGACUAGCUCCUCCCCUCAUCUCUUGCUCCGGCCCCGAGAGCGUGAACGGGACCCGGUAGCAUCAAUGCACUUCAACAUCGCAGUGAUCCACGCCGGCUCAACCGUUCAACAAGGGGAAGCAGGGGCUGCAGCAGCUGCGGGUCGGGUGCCGUACCCAGGUUUCGGACGUGUUCACAGCAGCUUUGGUGAGAGCGUCGUCACCCAGUGGGGAUCCGCAAACGUAAUCUGGCUUCAGGUUAAUGACAGCAGUCCCAGGACGUUACUCUCUCAGCUGUGUGACCUGCUGGCAGCCAGACCCCUUCAGGGACUAGUGUAUGAAGAUGAGAGACCCCUUCCGCUGGCCUCCGGCCCCCUGGCCCCCAUGCUGGAGUUCGUUUCAGCCCAGACCGGCCUCCCCAUCGUUGCUGUGGGAGGGGGAGCGGGUCUGGGCAGGGUACCACAGGAGACCGGCUCAAUCUUCCUACAGUUCAGCUCUUCCACCGCACUCCAAUUGGAGGUGAUCUUUGAGGUGCUGGAGGAGUACGAUUGGACGGCCUUCUCAGUGGUGUCCACACGUCACCAUGGCUACCAGGACUUCCUGUCAAUAGUGGAAGGUUUGACUGACGGGUCAUUCAUCGGCUGGGAGAAGAAGAGCGUAGUAAUGUUGAAUUUAACCGAUGACCCAGGAGGAGCGCGAGCACGACGGCUCUUGAAAGAGAACGAAGCACAGGUGCGGUUGUUGUACUGCUCUCAGGAGGAAGCAGAACAGGUGUUCCAAGCUGCUUGGGCAGCUGGUCAGGCCAGUGCCUCCCACAUAUGGUUUGCGGUGGGUCCAGCUCUGUCCGAGCUGGGCCUGACCGGACUACCCAAUCGCCUUUUUGCAGUCAGACCGCAGGGUUGGAGGGACGAGCCCCGCAGACGUAUCGCCCGUGGGGUGUCCAUCCUUACCCACGGAGCUGUUGCGUUGCGCAAGGACUAUGGAGCCACUGGAGGUCCACACUUUGUCACUAACUGCCAGACGGAUGGCAACAGAACACAGAGGAUUCGCGGUAGAAUGAAGUAUUUCAGUAACAUCACUCUUGGUGGGCGGGACUAUUCGUUCAAUAACGAGGGCUACCUGGCCAAUCCCUUUCUGGAUGUCAUCUCCUACACGCCUGGGAGUGGCUGGGAAGACGUAGGAUGGUGGGAGAACGGGGUGUUACGUCUGAGAUACCCUGCUUGGUCUCGCUAUGGCCCCUUCCUGCAGCCGCCCGAUGAUGCCCAGCACCUGAGGGUUGUGACCCUGGAGGAGCGCCCCUUCGUUAUCGUGGAGCUUGCAGACCCUGCCUCUGGAACCUGCAUUAGGGACUCUGUGCCAUGCCGGCGGCCUCUUAAUGCCAGUGCACUUCAGGAAGGGGUGGCACCUAUGAAACAGUGCUGCAAGGGAUUCUGCAUUGACAUUCUUAAGCGAUUGGCCAGAAUUGUUGGCUUCACCUAUGACCUCUACUUGGUGACCAAUGGGAAACAUGGGAAAAAGAUUGAUGGUGUUUGGAACGGGAUGGUGGGAGAGGUUGUGUACAAGCGGGCAGACAUGGCGAUCGGCUCCCUCACUAUUAACGAGGAAAGGUCAGAGGUCGUGGACUUCUCUGUGCCGUUUGUAGAGACGGGAAUCAGCGUCAUGGUCUCUCGCAGUAAUGGAACUGUCUCUCCCUCUGCUUUUCUUGAGCCGUACAGCCCUGCUGUGUGGGUGAUGAUGUUUGUUAUGUGCCUGACCGUGGUGGCAGUGACGGUUUUCAUCUUUGAGUUCUUCAGUCCAGUGGGGUACAACCGCAGCCUUCAGAGUGGCAAGAAGGCCGGAGGUUCUACAUUCACAAUUGGGAAGUCAAUCUGGCUUCUUUGGGCGCUAGUCUUUAAUAACUCCGUUCCAGUGGAGAACCCCAAAGGAACUACUAGCAAGAUCAUGGUUCUUGUCUGGGCUUUCUUUGCUGUCAUCUUCCUGGCUAGCUACACUGCCAACCUGGCUGCCUUCAUGAUCCAAGAGGAAUACAUUGACACUGUGUCUGGCCUCAGCGAUAAAAAGUUUCAGCACCCCACAGAGCAGUACCCCCCUCUGAAGUUUGGAACGGUCCCUAACGGAAGCACAGAGAAAAACAUCCGUAGUAACUAUCCAGACAUGCACCAGUACAUGAUCAAGUACAACCAGAGAAGUGUGGAGGACGCCAUCUCCCACCUCAAGUCUGGUAAGCUGGAUGCCUUAAUCUAUGAUGCAGCCGUGUUGAACUACAUGGCUCGUAAAGAUGAAGGCUGCAAAGUAAUGACCAUCGGCUCAGGGAAAGUAUUCGCCACAACUGGUUACGGCAUCGCCCUGAUCAAGAACUCCCGCUGGAAACGGCCAUUGGACCUGGCCUUACUGCAGCUGGUGGGCGACGAUGAGAUUGAGAUGCUAGAGCGUCUCUGGCUCUCAGGGAUCUGUCAUAAUGAUAAAAUUGAAGUGAUGAGCUCCAAACUAGACAUAGACAACAUGGCCGGUGUGUUCUACAUGCUGCUGGUGGCCAUGGGCCUAAGUCUGCUGGUCUUCGCCUGGGAACACCUGGUUUACUGGAGGCUGCGGCACUGCAUGAACAAGAUGGGCCAGUCCGGCAAACUGGACUUCCUGCUUGCCUUCAGCAGGGGAAUGUAUAGCUGCUGCAGUUUUGAAGAUGAAACUGCACAAGGUGGGGUUAAAGUCACAGUUCCUGGCCACCAUCACACUGCCAUGAUUCCCGCUUCUUCCUCACAUGUGGUAACUUCAGCUGUAUCCAAUCCAGCCAUUGCCAUGGUGCAGCAGCAGCAGCCACAACAGCCUCAACCUCCUCAGUCUUACAAAACACCUCUUCCUGGUUCCCCUCCCACAAUUGUUCAUUCUGGAGCUGCCCUGGGUCCUGCAAAUACUCAACUUAUAGGAGCUCCGCUCCCAUGCACUACUUUCUUACCCCGGCCAGAUCGCAGACUGGCGGUUGUGGACCGCUGGAGACUACCCAAAACCGCUAGUGCCACCACCUCCAUGGGUGUGAGAGGAGCCCUAGCAGAAACAGGGCCUUUACCCCAAAAGGUGGCACCUACCUGGGCAAGUAGUGGAGGUACGGGUAGUGGUCUAGAUGGAUAUAAGCGCUACUAUGGACCUAUUGAUCCGGAGGGACUUGGGACAUGUCUGGAACAACAGACAGGUUCUCAAACUCCAAAAACUGUCCCCAGAGCCCACCAACAACCCCCACCAACUAGUGUGGCUUUCUAUCAGGAAAAGGGCAUGGACCAUGGCAUGGGGAAGAAGGUGGGAGUGGGUACUGGUGGAGGGGGUCAGGGUAGAGGGGUUAAAUCUCUGGGAACUCCAAGGCUUCCUCCUAAAAGCCAGGCCCCAGCCCCACUGACACCUAACCCCCCGCUGCAGCACCCCUCUCCCCCUCUCCCUUCAUCCUUCUGGAGGAAGCGGCGACCAAAAAAGCCCAAAGAACCUGGUGGCCCACUGUAUGAAAACAUCCUGCCACUGGGCCGGAGAGGUGGAGGCAGGGAAGCGAGUCGAAGACCGAGACCCUCUCCUCCUCUCCCCAUCCCCGUGCCAGUCACUCAUUCCCCAUCCUAUACUCCUCCAUCACCUUCUCCCUCACUCCCCUACACCUCCACAUCAUCCUCCUCAUCCACUACCAGCUCCUCAACCACAUCUUCAGCCACAUCCUCACGUUCCACCUCUCCUUCAUCCACUUCCACAGCAUCAUCUCGCAGCACCCGAGAUAGAGAGGGUGAGGAAGAGGACGAGGAGGAUUUGGAUGAGCUGACUGAAGAGUCUAGUCUUCUGCAGGGCCACAACAGAACCAGGGACAGAGAACGGUCUAUCCUUUCCCCUAGAUCUCUCACUCAUGGACCUCCUCCUCCUAUACCCCCACGCAAACCGUGGGGCACCUUUGGAGACAGGGAGCACAAGAAGGACAGAGAAAGAGAGAGGGGUGGCAGUCAGCUAGCACAGCUUCAGGAAUGGUGGGCAGGGUGGGCAGAGAGAGAGAGGGACAGAGAGAGGAGUAGUGGAGCCCAGGGAGACACAGAAAGGAAAAGAGAGAAGAAACGUAGGAAAGAGAGAGACAAAGACAAAAAGAAGAAGAAGAAGAAAAACAAAAAACGGAAAAAGAGGGAGGAGCGUGAAAGGGAAAGAGAAAGAGAAAGGAAGCGUCGCAAGGUGAAAAAGAAGAAAAAGAAGGCAAUGAAAACAAAAAAGAAGAAGAAAGUUUCUUCCAGUAAGCGGUCAGAGCCAGAGGAGGGUGAUGUUGAGGCAGAGAGAGAUGGAGAGGGGGAUGGGGAUAGAGAAGGAGAGUACUCAUCAUUUUCCAAUCAAUACCGCAGCGCAUUUGUUGACAAAGGCAGUCUUUCAGCUUGGGAGGGAGAGAGAGUACGAGGGAGGAGAGAUGGCGUUGAGGACGAGGGGGACGAUAGAGAGGACGAGAGUGGGGGAGGUAGAGGAAGGGAGAGAAGACCUAAAAGCUCCCAUUCACAACAUCAAACAUCCAGUAAACGCUAUCCCAACCUGAACAAACUCCCCUCUUCAGUCAAAUUCUGGGUCAGUGGAGGAGAAGCAGGUGGCACUGAGGCCUCCGGACCCUCCCCUCCCUCCUCCUUACAUACACUCCUCUCCUCAUCCAAGAGACGGAGGAGUAGUGGGGUAGAGAGAGAGGCAGAAGGGAGAGUAGGAGAGCGCAAGCCACUGCUUCUCCACUAUGAAAGGGGGCGAGUUAACACAAGAGAAGGACUGUCCCUCCAUGAGUGGGACUCUGAGGAUGAGGAAGAGGAAGGGGAAGAAGAAGAGACAGAAAGAGAACGAGAGAGGGAGAGAAUAGAGGAGAGAGUGCGGCGUGCAGGGAGAGGAGCAGUGUCUGAGUCAGAGAGGGACAGAAUAAGAGCAGAGGAAAGCUUUUCUGACGAGGGGUCCUCAGGAGAGUUUGGCCGUUUUGAGAGGUACUGGGAAGGAACUGGUGUAGGUGGAGCCAGUGGAAUUGGGGGUGGGGGCUGGUUUUUUGGAACAUACCCUGCUCGAGAGAAAGGUGGAAGUGUCAACAGUAGAGAUGACUCCAUUUUGGGUCGAGCUGAAGGGUGGGGUGUGGCAGGUGAUUUCUGGGGUUCAGGUCCAGGGAUUGGAUGGGGUUCUGGGGGAGGCAGUGGAGGGCUGGGUUCACAGUGGCCACCCCCUCCCACCUCCCUUCCACCACCGCGACGCUAUUGGUCAGUGGACAAACUACAGAUGAAGGGUGAGAAGCGUAGCCGCAGUGGGCCAAAGAGCAAAGGUCAGAGGUCCAGGGAUAGAAUGCAAGAUGCAGCAUCAUGUACGUGUACACAGUAUGGCCACGGUAGGCCCCACACACACCACAAACACAGCAGUGCUCAGUCCCACAGUCAAGAAGAUCUGCUUCCUCACUGCCACAGCUUCAGUGGAAGCUCUCGGCCCAAAGCACUCCCUAAUCCUGAUAAAUCCAAAUCCGGAAGCCAGUCCAACCUAAGCUCCCAGCAAACCCAGCUCUCAGAACACAUACCCCAGGCAUCACCAUCCUCACCUCAGCCACUCCUGCCCUCAUUAUCUGUUCCUUCUGCUCCCAACUCCCUACCCAUGCCCAUUCCUCCACCUCCAUCCUCUACAUCCAUGUCUCCUCCACCUGUGCUUUCCCCUGGGGCUGCUUCCGGCUCCUCCCAGGCAGCCACCGCCAGUGCUAAGCUUCAAUACCAGAGACUUCGGUCUGUGCCCCAGCCAAGACGAUUCUACUCCCCACACCUGCCGCUCAAAGCCAAGAGCUUAUGCUCACGCCGUGGUUCUGCCCAUUUCUCCAGCCUAGAGAGUGAAGUAUGACACGGGGCUUCGCUGCUGCGCGUGUGUGUGAGCUCUACUGUGAAGCGCAGCUGGAGUGUGAUGCACAUACAUGCGCCGCACCAAGACGAGGAAAACGUCCACGGCAGUGACCAGAGCAGCAAAGAAACAGCAGUCAAAGCAGGGAAAGGCUCAACAAAUUUUGCCGCGGUCACAAUGGAUACUCCAGCCGUGCUCCAUCUUCGGUCUGAGCUGAGUAUUAUGAUGUCCUCUGUGCUCCUCUCCUCCAAUGAGAACAGUGGAUAGCAAAUGUCUGGGAUCUUUCUGUGAGUAAUGAUGUCAUGUUUACACAUAUACACUCCCUCAAACAAGGAAAAGACAUUUUUGGAUCGUUCACAUACAACAUGUGACGACAGACAACAAAUACUGCUGUGGCUCAAACUGGCUUUUCAGUUUAUUUACAGAUGACUCAAAAUUAAUAUAUAUUCAAUCUUAAUGCAGUCUUGGAGAGCCUCAGAUGAUCAGCAUCAACCCACUGACUGAAAAAUUGUCUCCAUGGCAACCUGACGCUCAUAGAUACAGAAACACACUUUUUUUCUUUUCUUUUUUUUUCACACUUGCAAUUGCAACAGAGAUGUUAUGGCAUCAGUACCUGUUUGGCUUCUUCUUUUAAGGCCAUGCUGGAAAAAAAUAUUUAUUGAAAUUUGACCUCAAAGUGAACGAGAGUAAACUGUCACUCUUUCUGUAUUUCUGAUUCAAAGAUAAUCAGAAUCUUCAUGGAGCUAUUUCACUCAUCAGAACUUUUGUUGUCCUAUCAGAACUCCAAUGCCAUGGUGUCACUUUGACAUCAAAUAGGGAUGACUUUAUGUUCUAAAGAGACCGACUUCAAAAGAUAAACAAUAAGAACACGAACAAAAAUGUAGCAAUUUUUUUUUCUUUUAGGUUUCCCUUUCUUUUAUGCUGUUUAUUGCUCUCACUGUGGUCGUAUUUUAACAAAAGGUAAACCAGCUGUGUCUGAAGUUAAAUAGUGGGAUUAUAGAUGUGAAGACAAUUUUUAAUGAGUUAUUUCUUUUGAUAACAGAAUUUUCAAAUUGUCACAACUACAGUAGAUCCACGGCACUGCCCAAUGUGAUGGUCCUUUCUUUGCAUACAAGCAAUACUUGUCUUUCAUCAUAUGAUGAUGGGUUGCAAUAUUUAUGAUUGGCACUAGAUGGCUACAUAAUAUUAAAAACCGUAUGUUAACAAUUAUAAAUGGUGGACCAUUAGUGGAUCAUGCUUGUUUUGUUCCUUAAUCAUCACGCAUUAGGUUUCAAACAGACAGCUUGCUGUUUUUUACUGGGAUGGUUAAGGGCAAUGUUUAAAAAAGCUGAGGCUGUCGUUGUCACUGAUUGUGCAUUAUCAAGUCAAGCCUACUUCCAGUGCAGAGUUGCAUAUAAUAAAGCACAAGUUGCUGGCUCUUGUCAGUGCAAAUGUUAACAUAUGAUAAUGAAGAGUCAAGGACAAACAUUUCUUAUCGAUUUUUAACCAAAAGCAUCCUAGAACAUUUAUUUUUGGCUUGAGUAUUGAUGUCAAUCACACAGAGAUUCGGUUUCUGAAUACCUAUUUGACGUCAGGCACCGCUUAUUUGCCCGUGUUGUAGUUGAAUGUAGCUUUGACAUGAUUUAGCAAAAAAGUAGACAUGCGGUAGAUUUUGUAGCACUCUGGAUGCAGUUACUCAUCACAAGAAGAGACAAUUACACUUUUAUUCUGGGGGGCAUAGAGGGCUUGUACAUGUCGUCACAGAUCAACCGAUUUGAUUGCGCUUUAUUUGAUAUAAGUGAUGUUUGUCUCCCUUUCAUAUCUUGUUCAUUUAAACAAGACCCCCUGGGGAAGGUUUGUCAUCAAUUACAAUAAAAUGUAGGGCUUUUUCACAUUUUAAAGACCCACCUGUCAUCGCAUGAGUCAAGAAAUAACAAGCUCAGGUAUUGAAUUGCGUGUUGUGUAAACUGAAUCACACACAGCCACUUAAUCCCCUCGGUCAGCGUUUCUUCCAAUGCCGGGAAUACGGGUGCGUCAGCGGAAAGUCCACCGCACCCGGCAUGGAAGGGGGAGGGGGCAGGAAGAUGGAUGUAGAAUGAUUGAAUUAAUAUAGUGUGCCAUGAGCACACUUGAUCUGUCAUUGACCCUUACUGAGUCAGAAGGCGCUAACACAGAAUUCUGUGACUGCAUGUACAGAACAGACUUAUAAUUCCCAUGUAGCUUUUUCUUGAGAACAAAAAAGAAAUAUUAUCUCUAUAUACUAUGUUUUUGAGAAUGUAUCUUGUUAUACUGUGAAUUGACAUAGAUUUUAUUGACCAUUGUAUUCAGUUUUCAUCGCCAUCAUAUAAUUUAUCUAUACAAUAUAUAUAUAUAUGUACAAAUAAAUAUAUACAUAUAUAUAUACACACAGACAGGUAUAUAUAUAUAUAUAAUGAGUUAAGUUUGAUAUACUUGGAGGAAGUGGUAGUAAUAGUUUUAAAUGUUUUAGCUUUGUAGCAAUUCUAGACUCUGGAGACAUUUUUAAAUUUUGAUUCCUCCUAUAUGACUGUGAAAACAUUAGUGCCUGUGAAGAAGAAAAAAACAAACAAAUCUAAUAUCCUUUCAUCCAUCCUUCUGUCCAUCUUUUAUUAUUUAUAGCAGAUCUUCACAAUUACUCUAUACUACCUAACUAGCUUUCAUAUCAUUUGUGUUUUAGCCCUUUGCCCUCAUCGCUGUGUCUGUCCUUUUGAUAUUCUCCCAUUCCAACUGUCCAUCUAGCCAGUUAGUAGUCCAUCCAUCCAUCCAUCCAUCCAUCCAUUCAGCCACCCAUCAGUCCAUCAGUCUAAUAAUAACUUCUGAGUUCUUCUUAUUUUGUAGUUUUCUUAAUAUAUUUUUCCCACCACACCAUUGAUUAGGCAACUUAAACAAUGUGCCUCUGGCAUUUUCCUUUUUUAGAUAUUUUUAAUCUCUCUGUUUAUCCCUGUAUGUUCUCUCAGUUAGCAAAAAAACAAAACAAGGAAAAAAAAAAACAGAGACCAGUAGCUACUGUGUUCCUGCUCCUGUCAAUUGAUUAUUGAAGAUAAUGAUCAAUUAAAGUUAUGAUGUAAUUGAUAAAUGACUGAGUUGUACCUGAUGACCAUUACACUGUAGUGAGAGUCUGGGCUGUACUGUGCACAACUCACUGUUACUACUGUGCUGACUAGAUGCAUGAUGGGUAAUAUGUGUAACUGUAACAUAAUGUUGGCGUACUGACUUAUGUUGAUUAGGAGGUACCGAAGGCAAUAGAUAUGUCAUCCCAUCUCCAAACACACACUCACUAAAGGCUUCCCCUUGUCAGUUUAGACUUGUGAUCUGAUUGUGAAAUAGACACAGGACACAAAGGAUAUUGUUGGUAGAAUUGUCCAUGGUGGUCAAUAUUUGGCUGGGAAAUUGUGUUAAGGGCUGGUCAGCUGCUACUUUGGAUAGAUAGUGUGGCUGUUUAUUUGUAUGUCUGAGUAAGUUUGGAGUCAGGUUUUAAUACUUUUCUUCAGCAAGGAUGUAUUAAACUGAUCCAAAGUGGCAGUUAAGGCAUUUAUAAUGUUAGAAAAGAUCAUUUCAAAUAAAUAAUAUUCUUUUGAUGUUCAUCAAAUAAUCUUGAAAAAAAAAAAAAUAUAUAUAUAACGUUUUUCAUAGACAUAUUAUCAACAUUGAUAUUGAGAAGAAACGUUUCUUUAGCUCCAAAUCAGCAUAUUAGAAUGAUAUCUGAAUGGUCAUGUGACACUAAAGACUGCAGUAAGCUGCUGAAAAUUCAUCGGAUUUAAAAAAUAUACUGUAUAUAUAUAUAUUCAAAUGAAAUCUAAAUUUACAGACUCAAACUUUUGAUCGGUAUUGUAUUAAACAUUUGGGCUCAUUGAUUAAGCUUUCAGCUACCAAUAUAUUUUUAGAACUCUGUUUAAGUUCCAUUUUACACACUGUACUAUCACAUAUAAACCCUUUCUGCCGAUUUUCCCCAAUUAACAUUUAAAAGGCCUUCAGAUUCCAUCUGGACUUGCCAAGUGAGUGUCACAAUGAAUUUAGGCUCUGUACUUAGUGAGUGAACGAGGAAGAUAAAGAGACGUGCAGGUGCAGGUUUGCACUGCAUAUACAGUAGCUUUGUAGGCGUUUCAUUAUUUAUGUGGCGAUUGUACGUGAGAAAGAGUAUGUGCGCAUACAGCAUUUAUAUAUACACCAAUACAAAGUCUCUAUCUGUCUCCUUUUCCCUCUUUUUUCCCCAACUGUUUCCUCGCACUCGUCGGGCUGCUAUAAUGCAUAAUUCACUCACUCAGGACAGGCAUACAUACUCACAUUCCCUGCAGCUUCAAGGAUAGCACAAAUCCUGCAGGUGUUCUAGAACUUUCUCUGGCACUCUCUGUCCCUCAGGAGCUCGAGACUCAGAGUUGCUCCAGGUAGCUGUUGGCACCAUGAUGUGAGGCAUUACUUGACAGUCAGCUCGACGGAUAAAAGCGCAGCUCUUCCCUCUUGAUCACAGCUGAGCAGAGAUCAGUGUGUGUUUGUGUGAAAGCAGGUCAGCCCCUGUGAUAGACCACUACAUGUUUUACUUAGACUACCCUUAUUCCACAAGCUGCAGCUGAACACCAACAAUAAUGUCUGAGAUUCAAGGCUGGAAAUUAACUAUAUUUUUGCUUUGUCAUGCAAUUAAUUAGCUUCUAUAUAUAUUUGAACAGGGUCCUUCAUGUCACAUCACAAUCAUGUAAUCCCAUAUCCCAUUUAAAAUGCAGAAGGAAAAGGAGCAAAUACUGUAUUACUUUAGUCUUAACAGCUAGAAAUUAUGCUGUUUUAAGAUUUUAUUUUUGAGCAAAUCUUUUUUUAUUGACUUUUUUUUUUUUUUUACUUUCUCACUAUUUUAUUUUAAAUGAUUGAUGUGGCAUUGUGUAAACUGCACUGUCACUAAAGGCAGUGUGAGUGUGAAUGUGUGUGACGGGCAGCAGUUGAGGAUGUGUAUUGCCUUUGCACUGUACAGUCCAGACAGAAUUUAUCCACCAAUCAGAGUUUGUUUGGUUUUAACAUCAUGUCUUGGGAAGGGGUUUGAAGGGGUCAGUGCUAAGAAUUGCUUCAUAAAGAAUACUCUUUAAAA